CCUCCCUCCCUCACAUCAAUGCUGGCUCUCAUCAGCGUCUGACGGUUGCAUCCUUCGCUGUAGCAACACGGCUGCUCCUCCAUCCCUCUCUGCCUCGCCUGCAUCUGACAUCCCGGCUGCAGGAGCCUUUUGUGUCUCUGCAGGGGCCAUUGUUGUCUCUCCCCUCUUUGGAGCAAACGCAACACCAUGGACAUGAUGGGCAACAAAGAGCGACGAGGCGUGAAUUUUAAAGGCUUGCUGAAGAGGAAUUGGCUUCUGAUUGCCACGGUUUUAUCAGUGCUGCUUGGGAUCAGUUUGGGGGUCGUGGUCAGAGAGUAUGCCUCCCUCUCCCCUCUCCACAAGCAGUAUUUUGGCUUCCCAGGAGAGAUCCUGAUGCGAAUGCUGAAGCUGGUCAUCCUCCCUCUCAUCAUAUCAAGCAUGAUAACAGGUGUUGCUGCCCUGGACUCCGAGGUUUCUGGAAAGAUUGGUCUGCGAGCUGUUAUUUAUUACUUCUCAACAACAAUCAUUGCAGUUAUUCUUGGAAUUAUUUUGGUGAUGACUAUCAAACCGGGAGUCUCUCAGACAGCUGAUCACAUUGACAGAGCUGGGACCACACCCAACGUCACGACAGUUGACACACUCUUGGACCUCAUCAGAAACAUGUUUCCAGAAAACCUUGUGCAAGCUUGUUUUCAGCAGUACAAGACUAAGCGCAAAGAGCUGGAGCCUCCAAAAGUUUCGGAAGACACUACCACAAUUCCACCUCUCACAACUACUGUCAUGGCAGCAGUAGAGAAUAUCACCAAGAACUAUAAAAUCAUUGGGGCAUAUUCGGAUGGAAUCAAUGUGUUGGGGCUCAUCGUAUUCUGUGUUGCUUUUGGCCUCGUCAUUGGGAAGAUGGGUGAAAAGGGCCGAAUCCUCUUGGAAUUUUUCGAUGCCCUGAACGAAGCAACCAUGAAACUGGUCCAGAUAAUUAUGUGCUACAUGCCAAUAGGGAUCCUGUUCCUAAUUGCGGCUAAGAUCAUUGAGGUGGAAGACUGGGAGAUCUUCAGGAAGAUGGGUCUUUACAUGGUGACGGUGCUGAGUGGUCUAGCUAUCCACGCCAUCAUCUGUCUGCCACUCAUCUUCUUCGUCAUCGUGAGGAAGAAUCCGUACACAUUCACACUGGGAAUGGCUCAGGCCCUGGUGACAGCACUCAUGAUCUCCUCAAGCUCUGCCACUCUGCCUGUCACCUUCCGAUGUGCCGAGGAAAACAAUCGCAUCGACAAGCGAAUCACUCGUUUCGUCCUCCCAGUGGGUGCCACCAUUAACAUGGAUGGCACUGCACUGUAUGAAGCAGUGGCAGCCAUCUUCAUUGCCCAGCUGAAUGACUAUGCUCUGGAUGUGGGCCAGAUUGUAACCAUCAGUAUAACAGCAACAGUUGCCAGUAUUGGAGCAGCAGGAGUCCCUAACGCUGGCCUUGUGACCAUGGUGAUAGUCUUAACAGCCGUAGGAUUACCUGCAAGUGAUGUCACUCUGAUCGUGGCCGUGGAUUGGCUCCUGGAUCGCUUCCGCACUAUGAUCAACGUGCUGGGUGACGCUUAUGGAGCUGGUAUUGUCCAGAAGCUAUCGAAGAGGGAACUAGAGAGGAUGGAUCUGACAUCAGACAUGGACGUCGCCAACCCCUUUGCUCUUGAAGCCAAUCUGGAUGAUGAAGAGUGCGAGAAGAAAUCCUAUGUGAACGGAGGCUUCACCGUCGACAAGACAGAUGCCAUCUCCUUUACUGAAACCUCCCAGUUUUAGCCUCUGGCCGGCUCAGAGCUGCAGAGAGGGUGCUACGCUGCUAGGGAUUUAAAGCAGAGAGCUUUCCAUCAUGUACCAGCACCAUGAAACAAGAGGAAAAUUAUCCGGCCAGACCCAUCCAAGCUCAGACAUCAGCAAUAGCAGCCUCCAUUAAGAUUAUCUGAGAUGAUCACCCUUCAUGUUGGGCAUUUGCAAACACGACUUGAUUUAAGUCCUUCCCUCUUUCUAAAUUUGUGCCAAAAUUAUGAAAAGUCAGUCUUCGAUCGAAUUAGUGUCUUCUUUCUUGCAAAGAUGCACUCAAAACAUGAGUGUGAGUGUGUGUCAGUGUUCAUUUCGUUAACAAAAACUGUGACGAAAAAUGUUCGUCAACAUCCCUUUUUCCAUGACUAAAACGAGACAUUGACAGGCUAAAAAUAGAUUUUCAAUGAUAAAACUUUUGACGAAAUGUAUGUUUUGAUUUCGAUGAUGAGACGGGACGAAAUGUUUAGCGUGUCAAGAUAAAAUUAGAUUUUUCUCCAGUGUGCAUCUAGUCCAGCUGUGGCGAAACUGCGGCUCAUGAGCAACGCCUUGAUUACAAUUUACUAUACUAUUUACGGUAUUAGCCUAAUUUUAUUUAUUUUAAAGAAAGAAUUAUUUUUAAAGAGUCAUUAUAUCGACUCGGCGAAAGUCGAUAUAAUGACUUUUGUCGACUAAAACUAGAAUAAAACUAUGAAGGAUAAACAUGACGAAAAUUUGACUAAAACUAAUAAGCAUUUUUGUGUAAGGACUAAGACUAAAUAGCUAAAUAGACAGAAAAUAGCUGCCAAAAUUAACACUGAUGUGUGUGUGUGUGUGUGUGUGUGUGUGUGUGCGCAUAAAAAUAUUUUGGAUGUAUCUGAGGUGUGUGUAUGUACUUCGCAAAGAAUAUAUACAAAUUCACUCCUAUGUAUUUUAUUUGCUCCUUGAUUAGACAUUAAUUCUCUACAAUGUCUGAAUAAUCUUCUCUGUCUGGCUGUUGUUAAAUGUCCCAUGAUUAACUGCUUGUAUAUCUAUAUGUAUAUUUAAACUGUACCAAACAUAUGAAGAUUCUUUUUUCAUCAAGUUGCAUGAGGCAAUAAGUUAAAGAAAUUAUCGCUGGCUGCAGACUGAUUCUUUAAUGGGGACAACAAAGGCUUGUCAUCGAACACUGUGAAACUUUUUUCCAGAACCAAAUUGCUAACAUUUAUUGAUGCAUUGCAAAUAAUAAUAAUACUCAUAAAUAGUAUCUUUGCUUAGGAAGCGUGGGGGAAACUUAUAUAUUAUUAUAUUAGAUACCACUGAUUGUACCAUCUCAAACCAGACCAUUUCAUUUGUCAGAUAAUGGAUUUGUAUGUCAAUAAUCUGAUAAUAAAAGUGUGUCUCUGUG